CUUAUCUUUGAAAAUAAGACUAAACAACUUUUCCUGACAAAACUCUGGUUUUUUCUGUUUUCUCCCAUUUUAUAGGUGUUUGUUGGGUUUCUUCCAAAAACCAGUGUUCAUUAGAGGCACAGUUCACAAAUAUCUAGCAAGAAAAAAAGCAUAGUACAGCAUUUUUAGAGAUAUAUAGGAAUCAACAAGGCAGGUGGAUGCACUUAAGAAUACAGAUAUGAAGAGCAGAGUUCUAAUAGUGGGGGGCACUGGUUACAUAGGCAAAAGAAUUGUGAAGGCCAGUAUAGCUCUUGGCCAUCCUACUUAUGUUUUGUUCAGACCACAAGUGAUCUCUGACAUUGAUAAAGUGCAGAUGUUAUUAUCCUUCAAACAGCUUGGAGUCAAACUUGUUGAGGCUUCAUUGGAUGACCACCAAAGGCUUGUGGAUGCUCUGAAACAAGUUGAUGUUGUCAUCAGUGCUGUUUCAGGAGGUGUUUUGCGCCACCAUAUACUUGAACAGCUAAAACUGGUGGAGGCCAUCAAAGAAGCUGGUAAUAUAAAGAGAUUCCUUCCAUCAGAGUUCGGCAUGGAUCCAGAUAUUAUGGAGCAUGCAUUACAACCUGGUAACAUUACAUUUAUCAAUAAGAGAAAGGUUCGGCGUGCCAUUGAAGCAACAUCCAUUCCUUACACAUAUGUGUCUUCAAAUAUGUUUGCUGGUUACUUUGCUGGAAGUUUAGCUCAAUUUGAUGGUUCUAUGAUGCCUCCUCGAGAUAAGGUCUUCAUUUAUGGAGAUGGAAAUGUUAAAGGUGUUUGGGUGGAUGAAGAUGAUGUUGGAACAUACAUAAUCAAAUCAAUUGAUGAUCCCCAGACCCUUAACAAGACUAUGUAUAUUAGGCCACCUAUGAAUAUUCUUUCACAAAAGGAAGUUAUAGAAAUAUGGGAGAGGCUCUCAGGACAAAAGCUGGAUAAAAUAUACAUUUCUUCCCAAGACUUUCUCACAGAUAUGAAAGAUAAAUCAUAUGAAGAGAAGAUUGUACGAUGUCAUCUCUAUCAAAUUUUCUAUAGAGGAGACCUUUACAACUUUGAAAUCGGCCCCAAUGCUAUUGAAGCUACCAAACUUUAUCCAGAAGUCAAAUACGUAACUAUGGAUUCAUAUUUAGAGCGUUAUGUUUGAAUAUGUAGUUUUGUAUAAUAUUUUUUUCUCAAAUGAUUAUGUGAGAGGUAUCAUUCCAAACAAUUCAUACUUUUGGCUCUAUUUUAAACCAGGAGUACACUUUAUUCUAAAUGACUUAAACUAUUUUUUACUUGAUAUUACAAUCAAUCUAGACUUAUUAGAAAGAAUAUGGAACUAUAAUUACAUUAUUAUUAUUUAUAAAUCAUAUUUUGAAUAAAAUUGACUUUAUUUAAA